AGUGCAUUGAGAAUGUGGGGAGACAUCCUGCAGCAAACAUGUCAGAUUCAGAAGGAUUCAAAAUGUCAGCUCAGCCAUAAUGACCUUUAGAAAAUCUGGGUUUGGAUUCUAAAAUGAAAGGCAAAGUCAUGCAUGUCAUGUUGUAGAAGUUCCUGCCUUAGAGAAGACAGCAGAAGAACAUGGAGAAAUACCAGGCCAAGAUGGUAAAAGCUGGCAAUGGUGAGGGUCUUGCUCCAGCUGUGAUUGAUUGCUGGUGUGAUCUUUCAAGGGCUGGGACAGAACUAAAGGACAGCCUGAGUGACCAUGGGAAUGCAUUUGGCUUAACACAGAGUAACAAAAGAGGCUGGCAACCGUACCAUAACUUUGGCAAGCCAUGGGACACUGAAGAGCACCUAGGACAAGACACAGAGAUUUUAUACAGGAUGAUAAUCCAGAAAAAAUCUCCAUCUUGGACAGAGGAACAGCACCUCAGGGGUGGGAUCUCAUCUUGUAAUGCAGGAGUUAACACUGUCCAGACCUACGACAAAAUGGGUAUUGGCAGAACACACAACUAUGCCAAUGAUGGGGAUGUCAGAGCCAGGUUUUAUAGGAAAAAUGGAUAUUGA